AGUUGUCGCGUCUUAUUGGCCACUGGUUAGAGCAGCCAGGGUCCACUAGCCCUGGGCUGCAGGGAGGCUGCUGCGAGCAGUUAACACUUCAGCACCUGUAGCACAGCAGGCCGAGGAGCUGCAGCCCUCCACCAGCUGGGGGUCUGCUCCCAAGCCCACUCUGCUCCGUCCAGAUCAGCUCACCCUCUCCCUUCCCUGCCCCCCAGGACUCCCAUAGCCUCUGGCAAGAGCCUUAGCCCACUUUGCCAAGAUGUCCAGGGUAGCCAAGUACCGCCGGCAGGUGAGUGAAGACCCCGACAUCGACAGCCUGCUGUCCACCCUGUCUCCCGAGGAGAUGGAGGAGCUGGAGAAGGAGCUGGAUGUGGUGGACCCAGAUGGGACUGUUCCCGUGGGGCUGCGGCAGAGAAACCAGACGGAGAAACAGUCCACGGGCACGUACAACCGGGAAGCCAUGCUCAACUUCUGCGAAAAGGAGACCAAGAAACUUAUCCAGAGGGAGAUGUCCAUGGAUGAAAGCAAGCAAGCAGAGCCCAAGACGGAUGCCAAGAAUGGGGAGGAAAGGGGCAAGGAUGCCAGCAAAAAGUCCCUGGGCCCCAGACGGGACUCGGACCUGGGGAAGGAGCCAAAGAGGGGCGGUUUAAAGAAAAGCUUCUCCAGAGACAGGGACGAGGCUGAGGGCAGAAGCGGCGAGAAGCCCAAGGAGGAGAAGCCCAUCAGGGGCAUCGACAAGGGCCGGGUCCGGGCUGCCGUGGACAAGAAGGAGGCGGGGAAGGACGGGAGGGGGGACGAGAGGACGGCGGCCGCCAGGAAGGAGGAGGAGAAGAAAGCGAGUGACAGGAACACGGGUUUGAGCAAAGACAAGGAUAAAAAGAGAGAGGAGAUGAAGGACGUGGCCAAGAAAGAGGAUGGUGCGAAGGUCAAAGGGGAGAGUAGGAACACAGACGUCAGAAACGAGGACGAGAAGAUGAAAAGAGCAGCUGGGAGCUCGGACACGAAAAGGCAGGACGACAAGGUGAAGAGAGGAACUGGGAGCGCAGACACGAGAAAGGAGGAUGAGAAAGUCAAGAAGGACGAGUCCCGCAAUGAAAAGGAAGCCGAGGAAGAGAGCAAGACCAAAACAGCAGAGAAACAGGCCCCCGGCGGCCCCCCCAAGCCCUCUGAAGCACCUGCCAAGGCGGAGGAGGAAGCGGCUCCCAGCAUAUUCGAUGAGCCUCUGGAGAGGGUGAAGAACAACGACCCAGAGAUGACGGAGGUGAACGUCAACAACUCGGACUGCAUCACAAACGAGAUCUUGGUCCGGUUCACCGAGGCCCUGGAGUUCAACACUGUGGUCAAGGUGUUUGCCUUGGCCAACACGCGAGCGGACGACCACGUGGCCUUCGCCAUCGCCAUCAUGCUCAAGGCCAACAAGACCAUCACCAGCCUCAACCUGGACUCCAACCACAUCACAGGCAAAGGCAUCCUGGCCAUCUUCCGGGCCCUCCUCCAGAACAGCACGCUGACCGAGCUGCGCUUCCACAACCAGCGACACAUCUGCGGCGGCAAGACGGAGAUGGAGAUCGCCAAGCUGCUCAAGGAGAACACCACCCUGCUCAAGCUGGGCUACCACUUUGAGCUGGCCGGGCCCCGCAUGACGGUCACCAACCUGCUCAGCCGCAACAUGGACAAGCAGCGACAAAAGCGGCUGCAGGAGCAAAGGCAGGCACAGGAAGCCAGCGGAGAAAAGAAGGAUCGGCUGGAGGUGCCCAAGGUUGGGGCCCUGGCCAAGGGCUCCCCCAAACCUUCACCCCAACCAUCUCCAAAGCCCUCUCCGAAGAACUCACCCAAGAAAGGGGGUGCUCCAGCCGCCCCACCCCCACCACCGCCUCCCUUGGCUCCACCCCUUAUCAUGGAGAACCUGAAGAACUCACUGUCACCAGCUACCCAGAGGAAGAUGGGAGACAAAGUCCUCCCUGCCCAGGAGAAGAAUUCUCGUGACCAGCUACUGGCCGCCAUCCGCUCCAGCAACCUCAAGCAGCUCAAGAAGGUGGAAGUGCCCAAACUGCUCCAGUAGGACCCGGCUGCCAGGCCCUGUCUGCCAAUGCCGUGACUGCCCAGGCCUCGCCUCCCAGGGCCACGCAGACCCUGCCCACCCCACCCCUGGCCGACCUGCUGUGGCUAUCUCUGUUCUGCCGUGGAAGAGCUUGAGGCCUGGGCCACGCUCAAGGAAGGAUGCCUUAUCUCUUCUCACUUUCCUUUUCUUGUCUCUGAGGCUCUCCAAAAAUGUCUUUUAUACCUGGAGCUGAGGUUUCCGGACAAGAAGAGUCCUUUUAGCACGUCACUGAGAAGAUGGCCCUGCCCCGGGCCCACGUAGCGGGCAAGCUGCACAAGGCCUCUGAUGCAGGAAGGAUGUCCCACAGGGACCAUGCGUCCACCCCAGCCCCACUGCCCCCCAGGGCCAGGAUCCAGGCCUCUGAGGAGCCCACGGGGCAAGCUGCUGGGCCAGUGGCACUCUGUGCGCGGCAGUGGCAGAGGAGGAAGCGGGCACGGGGCCCUAGGGGGGAGCAGGGAGGGGCUGAGGACACUCGAGCCCCUCCCUCUGAUUGGCCCGGGCAGGUCAGACCUGGUGGGGGCAGCUGGCCUGGAUGGACAGUGCGUGGGGGGAGUAGGCUCCAGAUGGGAGGAGAGGGACAGACAGCAGCUGGACCUGAAGGUUUGAUGCCAAAGCAGACAUUUUCCUCACACCCGCCUGCUGUCGUAUAAAUAGCUGUGUAUCUGUUUUUCCAUAAGAUUUUGAUAAUAUAUACAAACCUUCAGCUGUGA